CCCCUAUGGAAGUCAGAGGGGGUCAGGCAGCGGGCGAGGCCAUUUUGGCCUUUGUCCUGGACCUGAAAGGCAAAGUAGGGCGCGGGACGGACUCACUAUCAGCACUCGCGAAUAGCAUAUCGAAGUUCAUGGAGGAGUACGAUGACAGCAGUGAGGAUAAACGACACUUCCGAUGGAUCAUCGACAACGACGAGGCCACACAAGUACUCAUCGACUGGGGGGGAUCGGGGGCAGGCAGGGCUUGUCUACUUUCCUUUGCAGGACGGGCGCACGCUGCUGCACUGGGCAGCGAGGACAAGUCGGGGGGACGUCGUUGAGGCCUUGCUCUACUUUGGCCUCCAAAAGUUGAUUGCCACACAGGACGAUGUGAGACAAAUGGCUGGUGGCAUUGAUGGCAUGCACUCAAAUUUGUCUGGCUUUCUCCUACAGGAACAGAAGACUCCCAUCCAUGCAGCAGCCGAGGCCGGCAAUGCUCAGCUCGUGGCCCGGCUCGUCACGCUCACUGACCCCGCUGUCAUCGCGCUCAAAGACAAGGUCAGCUUUACUUUGAUUCGAGGGACGCAGAUGUGUCUGUGUUUGCUCAGGAUGGCAAUACCGCCCUUCAUCUGUGUGCCCUUGGAGGCCACACACACGUCACUCGGCUGCUGGUAGCCGCGGAGCGUAUCAACACUCGGAACACCAAGGUACUAAGAAACCAACAAACAUUAUGGCAAGACACCUGUCUCACUCAGUUUGCUUCUUGUGGCUGUAGAGCCGUACGCCUCUUCACGAGGCCGCUGCCAAUGGAAGUCCAUCCGGCAUGGAGGUGCUGCUGCAGGUGGCCGACAUAGAAGCUCUGCUCAUGAGGGACCACGUAAGGGCGCGACUAAACAGGGAACUACGCAACUCCGACUGUGAUGCAUAGUGUGUGUCUCCUGUCUGUCCAUCAGGCCAGCCAGACAGCACUGUGUGUUGCCGCGGAUUGCGGCAAAGGUGACUGCGUCCGCCUGCUCGUGACGGCUGCCCAGGCCAAGGGCUGCCCUCAGCUGCUGGACAUGGGCGAUAGGGACGACGAUUUGCCCCUUUACCUCGCGCUAUUCUCGGACAACUAUGAUGAAGAGAUCGUCUUCCUUCUGGCUUCAAGAGAGCGCAUUGUCAAACAGAGAAGGGUACCAACAACGAUAAGUAUCAAACAGGGCUUGGCAGCAUCAGUGCUGAUUGGCUGCAGCCUGAUGGCCAGACGCCGUUGCAUCUGGCCGUCUCGAGAGGCGACGACGUGUUGCUGGUUGAGAAGCUGCUGAAGAUGUUUGGCACGGACGCUUUGCAGAUCAGAGACCACGUAAGGAAGCCGGAUGCACGGAAGUCCAACACCAAUAGUUCUUUGUGUCUCCAUUGCAGAGUGGCCGCACGCCUUAUGAUGUGGCUCUCGAGGAUUGCGAUACGGAAAUGCAGCAAGUGCUGCGGGAAUGGAUGCCUACUGUCGGCGAAUCCUCGCAACAGAAGCAGCAGCGGCUGUCUGAAGAAGCGGACGGCCGCCUCAAAGAGCACUACAACGUCUUCGGCUCGAUCGAAGUCCCUCUCAGCACCACGAACUUUCCUCAGCAGAUGGCACGUGCCCUCGGCCUGCCCGACAGAUAUGUGCAGCAGCUGCUUGCAGGUCAGGCUGCAAGGUCGCCCAACAAGGUGAUUGCGGCCCAGCUGGCAGAGAUUGAGGGCAUCCUCGAGGAAGCGCGGGAGAAGCUGCUUCCAGGCUUCCCCGCCACGCACAUCGGCUCAGGUUUCAUCAUCGUCCCCAGUUGGCUGCGAAAGCCCAAGAGCGAGCGGGAGAUCCUCGAUGAGGGGAGCAGAAUUGGCGGACGAGUGUUCCCUUUGUGGCGAGACGGUGAUUCAGAUCUUCUCGUCUCGAACCAUAGCAGUCAGCGGAAAUUCGAUGAUCCUGAUGAGCGGUUGCCGCUUAAUGAGAGCAUCGGGAACGUCUUCUCACCCUCGUUUGACAAGUGGAAGCGUCUGCCGGAUCUUUUCCAGAACCCAGUGGUGGCCGCUCGCUCUCUUUCAAGUGACAGUGUCGUCCAGGGCCGCAUAGGCGACUGUGCCUUCCUCAGCUCUCUUGUGGCACUCGCCAAUUGUGAAGAGCAGAGCGGCCAGCGGCAUCUGUCCAGCGGCAUAUACCCCAAAGUGUCCCUGUCGAGUACGGAGCCGGUCAUCAGCCCCGAGGGCAAGUACGUGUGUCGGCUAUACUUCAAUGGUGGUCCUCGCAAGGUAUUGCUCGACGACACUAUUCCUUCGCUGACCCCUACUGGCAGCGAGGCUCCUCGCAAGCUCACCGCGGUGUCUUCGAUCCCUCGAGAGACCUGGGUCACAUUGUUCGAGAAGGCAUAUGCAAAGGUAGAAAGGUGCGCGCUCCAACCAUGCAUUGGUGUUCUGUCUCCUGUUCAUUGCUUCAUGCAGACGAUGGGUGGAUAUGACGCGAUAGACGGAAGUCAUGCGCCAGACAACCUCUAUCUGCUCAGCGGAUGGAUCGUCGAGUUGCUACAUUUUCAGUUCUCAGUCGUCAAGGGGUUUGACGCAGACAAGCUGUGGAAGGAAAUCUAUUGGCCUCUCAGCGGCCGUCAAGCCGUUGCGUGCCUGUCCUCGCCGGCACGAGUAAGCCAAUUGUCGACAGCAUAUACAUACAUUCUAUGUGUCUCUGCCAUUUCCCUCUCAGCCUAUUGAUCCCGUUGAGGCUAGGGACAAGCCAGAGCCCAUAUCACGCAGAACGGAUGGGAUGUCUUGCUGUGUCAGCAAGUCAGAGCCCAUGGCUUCUGUUUCCUGUGGCAUCAGGUUUGGCGUACGGGCAUGCGUAUUCAGUGCUUGAGGCAGUGGAGGUUGAUGGACGUCAGCUGCUGCUGGUUCGCAAUCCUUGGCGAGAGCAGCGAUGGAAAGGCAAGUAUUCGCCAGACGAUCCCGGUUCGUGGACAUCCAAAAUGAGGCAACAGCUGAACUACGACCCUGAUCAAGCGGUACCCGACGGAGAAUGUAUGUGGCUGACAUGUCUUUGUCUCCUUCCUCUCCUGUCUCAGCGUCGGUCUGAUGACGGGAGGUUCUGGAUUAGCUGGGAUGACGUUACGAAAGAGUUCCGUGGCAUGUCCAUUGCCUAUAACUUCCACCCCUCGCGAUUCCCUCAUCGAGUCGACAUUCAUUCAUGGUGAAGCGACACACAGGCACAUACCUACAAAUACAACCACGACACUUGUCUCUGUCUGCUCUUAUCAGCUUCAACCCGAGUGGGCAGACGGCCUUUGUUUCGAGCGCGCGCAUGAUCUCGGGCUUCAGUCCUCAGUUUGCCCUCGUGUUCCACCCCACGACGGCCGAUUUCUAUCAGUCGGAGCUGAAUGUGUGGGUGCAGCUACACCGCCACGUCACCAGCGGCAAGAAUGUCAAGAAGGCCAAGGAGAAGAUCAUCCGGAUCUCCACCAACAUCUAUGCCGGCAGCGAGAGGAUCCUAGGCGAGAAUACGGCUCGCGACUGCUACUACGGGUCCUCUAUCAACCUCAUGAUCAAGCUGGACAAGUUCAAGCUGCCUUGGAAGUAAGUGUGACUGAGACGCACCCCAAGGCAUGAUUGUGCUGUCUACGUCAAUUCAGGAAAGACGGAUGGCAUCGGUGCGUCGUUCAGGCGCUUCAAUCAGCCGUCUGACUUCAAUCUCGACACAGAUUCAGCAGCUUUCCAUGACUGCAUGACUGUCAGGAGGACUUAACUUCACCCUAUCAGUCUUCUCGACCGUCCGAGCCACCAUUCACGAGCUGCCUCCCCUGAUCCCCCGCGGAUGGAUAUCGCAGCACUAUGAUGGUGAGUGGGCUGCAGAGUCAGCAAAAGGUCCAAGCCCGUCAUCUUUUGAUAAGAACCCCACCUUUGCCGUUACGACCCCUGAGAACGUCAAGGCUGUCAUCCUGCUUGAGUCUCUCGAGGUGAGUGAAAUGCAUCAAUCGACUGAGCUUUUGGUCCGUAUUGUCUGUGUAUCUGUGUAGUCGCAUCGUGUGGGAAUCACUGUGAUUGACUCGCAAGGGAAACGGACGAGCAGUCCUGACCCUUACGAGACGAAUGCAACACUGCUCACUGACGUCACACUGAUGGUACGCGCUCGAGCAGGCGAAGACACAAGGACAUGUUUGAUAGGCUUGUGUCUCUUUGGCUGCAGAAAGGCGACAAUCAAGUCAUUGUGUUCACGAGUGUGGCGGGCAGAACAGGCAAGUUUCGCUUGAGCAUCCACACACCUGCUGUCAAGAGCGAGCGGAGACACCCACUCGUGAGGAGGGGCGCUAAGUGAAGUGAUAAGUCAGUCUGUGGUGUGGGGCCUCUGUCUGUCACUUUUGUGGACUGACUGCAAAGUGUGUCGUUCUGCAACACUCAUAGUUAUCCCGUAUAGUUCACAGACAUGGAUAAAUAGAGUGUGUAUCUUGAACUCGUGGGGCGGCCCCCUCUCCAAGCUCGCCGUCUCCCAAAAUUUUAAAGUCUUCUCUCGAGUCUGCCAACGAAGCACAAUCCCAUCCGUUUGAAUGACCUCUACUGGGAUGAUGAUGAGGACUGCAUCGGUAGAGAACACAAUGGCGUCGGUCCUGCCCACUAUUCGUCACGAUGGCGUGAUGCGAUUCAGGAGGGGGGACAUUCGGGGAGGUGUAUAAGGCCAAGUGGGGGGAGCGGAUAGUCGCCAUCAAGAGAGCGAAACGAGAGUUGACCGCGCAGCUGGGAAAGGACGUAGGCGGCAGCCACCCGAUUCCAGCGAAGUGCAUGCCAUUGGAUCUUUUGUCAUGCAGGGUGUGACAGAGAGGGUGAUGCAGGAAGCAAACAUGCUGGCCCGUCUGCAGCAUCCUCAUGUGGUCAAGCUGCUGGGCGUGUGUUUUGACAAGAGGAUCCCCUUCAUCGUAUUGGGUGAGGACGCAAGCACAUGGCGAUGAGACGACUCUGGGAGGUCACCGUGCUGUUGUAUUCCCGCUUCAUACAGAGUUCUAUGUCGACUCACUGGACAAGACCCUUAAGAAGCUGCGGCAACGAGCCGGAGGACUUCCCGAGAACCUACAGUACAAAUAUGCCAAGCAGGUGUCACUGAGACGAGGCUCCACACACACGGCUGGGUCACUUUGGUCUGUGUGUGUCUCAGAUAUGUGGGGGCUUAGCUCAUGCUCACAGCCUGGGCAUCGGUCAUCGCGACCUCAAGCCCGAAAACAUACUCGUGAGUAACAAGGGAGGGCCCACAUGCACUUGAAUGCUCAUCGAUACAUUGUCGCUCUAUCCAGCUCGAUGACGAUGGAAAUGUCAAAUUGUCGGACUUCGGACUCGCUUGGGAGAUGCCAGGCGAAGCCACACACAAAAGCGUCGUUGAAUUUGGUAAAAGACACUCCGAUUCAUCCAUUCCUGAGAGCUGAGCACGCCUGUGUGUGGAACUGCAGCGGGAACUCCCAUAUAUGCCCCUCCAGAGGCCUACGCGAUAAGUACUUGCACAAUGAUAUACAUAAGUGUCAUUUCGUGAGACCCCCGCCGUCUUUCAGGGCCCCACUUAGAGCUCAAGUCGGACAUUUGGCCAGUCGGAAUCAUCUUUGCAGAGAUAUUCGGUGGUGAGUGAGACACAGAAAUCAGGGCACAUAGGCGUGCUGGUGGUCGCUUAUGUUUGCAGCGUCUCCGCCCUUCGCCGGCCUCAGCAAGGGGGAAAUCAAGGAGAAAAUAUACGAGAACAAAGAGGUGUGUCCAGCCACACACCAGAAUCGUCAGCAGAUUUGCGUCUCUGUGUGGUGCAGACGCCCCCCAUUCCCGCUAAUAUCCCCGUCCAUGUCAAGCAGGCCAUACAGGCAAGACAUCGCACGCACAAUGCUGCACAUAUGGCGGAUGCAGCUCUCUCGUUGUUCAUCUGGUCCAUUAGAGUUGCUUCGCCUUCACUGCGCGCAGCCGGCCGAGCGCACAAGAGGUGACGCAGCCUGCCUGUCUCUGUGCACCUGAUGUGCUGCUACUGUAUGGUGACACCUGCUCGACAAACUGACCAGUGGGAAGGGCCGGCCAGGUGACACACACACAUCACGAAACGAAUGCUCAUCGAGUGGAUAAUCGGGCCUGAUCGGUUGAUGUGUGAUGUGCAUGCCAGUUACUCCUUCCGGCCCCCGACCCAACAACACACUCGGUUGGCCAUCGGACGGACAAGAUAAUCCAAUGACAUACUGCAGCCAUGUGUGCUCAUCUGGUCGUGUCCUACAGUCACUCCCUCGCCAGCUCCUCACGUGUCGCCGUCAGCGCCCGGCAGGCGACCGGAGUCACCGCAACCGCCAAACAUCAAACACGUAAGGGAGACAGCAGCUGAAUCCCACACGUCAAUGGGUCGCUGUCAUUGUGUUGGUUGUGUGUCAGGCGGACAUCUUCGAUGCCGUCAAGGACGCCGAUGUGCAGUCCGUCAUUGGCCUCAUCAAAAAGCAUGGCCCGGACAUACUCGACAAACGAGACGAGAGUGGUGACAAGGUAUGGAACGAUUGUGAAGGCGACAGAAAUGCCCUCAUUGGUCUGUGUGUCCUCGUCCCUGUGCGCAGGCUACACCCUUCCUGUUGGCUGCAGAGAAGGAUCACGUCGAUAUCAUGUCGGUCAUGUAUGAGAGCAAACCUGACGUACUGCAGCAAACAGACCACUGGGUACCGACACAGACAAACGACCUCGUGUGGUGCUGAUGAUGAGGAGAGAUGUGUGUUGGCUGUGUGAUGGAAUGUAAAAGAAUGGUUGCAAUGCCAUGCACUGGGCUGCCUGGGAGGGCCAUGUUGCGGCUGUCAAUAAGCUGCUGGAGUGGGAUCCCAAACUGAUCGAUGCACGCAGCAAGGUAACAGAGCACACACAUGUCUCUGACGCCUCAGUGUGUCUGUGUGUGUGUGUUGAUUGCAGACUGGCUGGACGGCAUUCAUGUUUGCUGCCUUCAAUGGUCAUGUUGCUGUGAUGGAGGCCCUCUAUACCAAACGAAAGGACCUGCUGACACAGACGAACAAUGUUGGAGACAACACAGUCUUCUCUCAUCUGCUUGAUUGUCUUUCCUUUGUGUGCAUGACACACACAGUGCGGCGAGACGGCACUCCAUGGGGCUGCACGCAAUGGCCGCUCUGCGGCUGUGUCUCAGCUGUGAGACACAGACGAAUGACUGACGCGAACAUCUCAUCCCCACUCUCUCUCUCUCUCUCUCUGUGUGUGUGUGUCAUUUUCAAAGGCUCGAGUGGGGCGGCGGUGCGCUGCUGGACAUCAAAAACAAUAAGGUGAGUGCCACAGACAUUCACACCAUCGAUGGGCUGAGCGGUGUGCUCAUCUCAUCUGAUGACAUGACAACAGGGGAAGACGCCCUGGGACAAGGUGCCCGAUUGGAAGCCGGAGAUCAGAGAGAUCAUGGAGAAGUACAAGCGAUAGGUUCUUCUGGUCAGACUCUGAUGUGUGUGUGGAGUGUGUAAGGCCUUUCGUCUGUCCAGCUGGGUUUGCCUGACAGACAGCAGCUGCCACUUUUGUGUUGCGGUGCAGAGAGAUCAAAGGGCAGCGCGGGAGAUAAGUGUGCUAUGACCUGAUGUGUGCGGUGUGUCUUUCUGUCUGUGUGGUGUCUGUGUCGGUUCCAGUUGACGUGCAGGGGUCUGCUUCGGUGUUCGCUGGGUUAGGCUGUGUGUGUCUGAUUGCCCGGGGGUAAAGUGCCUGUCUGUCUGUCUGUCUGGCUUGCCGGUUUGACUGUGUGAGUGUGGCAGCUGUCCGAUGGCCCUUUCUGUGUCUGUCUGGAUCGUGCUGCACUGCAUCACAUAAACCCCGCAGACAGACGACACCCACCUCUAUCCCCAGUCAGCAGCUUUGGUUGACCAAGAAGGGCGACAGUCAAGUGAUUGUGUUCACGAGUGUGGCGGGCAGGACAGGCAAGUUUCGCUUGAGCAUCCACACACCUCCUGUCAAGAGCGACCGGAGACACCCACUCGUGAGGAGGGGGGCUAAGUGAAGUGAUAAG